CGCCAAAUUUGUACAGUGAGGAAGGCGCAACAACAAAAUACCAGCGCGUCCUGUGUUUUUAACAUUUUGUCGUUUAAUUUCUGGUAUUUUUGGCAAACUAUUACUCUUCAGUAUGUCUCAACAGGCAGGCUAUUCACCCAGCUUCAAGCGACCGGCUGAAAUUAUGCGAAUGAGGAGGAAAAGAGCCCGAAGCGAAGCCGGUGUCUUCUCCGGCCACGGAUCCACCGGCAGCCCCGGACAAAGCGCCUCAUCCCCGGACAGCGUUCGGCCGUUCUCCCCGGGGCCGCUGUUCAACACCCAGAGUCGCUCCGGAGGCGGGAUAAAACGCAGAAACCCGUUCGCAAAUAUUGAAAAUACUUACAGUCCGAGAAAGAAAUGCCUCGUUUACAACGACGACGGAAACGCAGAAGCGGCUGACAGAUACAAGGUGAAGAAAACUUUGACGGAGGGAGAUGAGGACAUGUCCACAGAGUGUCGAGGAGUUUUACCUCUCAGACUGACCCAGGUGGAAAAACACCAGCACCGAGAUACUUCCAGGAAGGAGAGUGUCACUUUCAGCGAAGAUGACUCUCUGUUUGAAGAAGAGGAGGAAGACGUCAAAAGUCCACUUCUUAAGAGUCCUCAGGCCAUCGCUCCCGCGUCCAUAGCUCCUCCCAUGUGCACAGAGUACCCGGCAGACUGGAGCCUGAAGACUCGCCUCCUCUUCACCUCCCCGCUCUCCUUGUCCUGGGCACAGCAUCCCAAAGCCCAGGAGGAAGCUCUGGGGCUCAGCCAGCACUGCAGAGCUCAGUUCAGCACUCUGCCGCACAGUCUGCAGGAUCCCAGGUCCUGCUCGGAGCUUCGUUGUGCCUUCCAGCAGAGUCUGGUGUACUGGCAGCACCCCUCCCUACCCUGGAUCUCUCUGUUCCCCAGGAUCAACGCUGAGAGGAACUUUACUGGGAAGAGCACCCCAUGGGCUCAAGAUACAGCACUGCAGCAAAGUCUCAUGAGUGAAUGGUCAGUCAGUCUGUCGUCUCUCUACAAUCUGUUGAAGUCCAGACUGUGUCCUUACUUCUAUCUCUGCUCUUAUCAGUUUACAGUGUUGUUCAGGGCAGCAGGUCUUGGGGGCUCUAGCAGCAUCACUGCCUUCAUUUCUCCUACGACCAGAGGGUUCAGAGAGGCAAUGAAGGCCGAGGGUAUAGAGUUCAGUCUCCCUCUAGUGGAGGAGAGGAGGAAGAGCAGGGAGCAACAGAACCUGACAGAGUCCCAGGGAGAGGAGGAAGAGCCCAAGGAGAAAGCACAGGAGUGUUCUGAGCUGAAAGAGGGCGAGGACUGUCGGGCAAGUGAUGAAGGAGGGAAUGACGGCUACGACGAAGAUGAAGACGGCAGCUUCUCCUGGCUAAAGGAGAUGGGAGUCCAGGACAAAAUCAAGAAGCCAGACAGCAUCUCCAUACAACUUCGUAAGGAAGGUCACGCUGUGUCGCUGGACCACAAGCCGGAGUCUGUGGUGCGUGUGGAGGGCUCACACACUUUCACCCUCAUCAACUUCCUCAUCAACUGUAGGAGUGUGGUGGCUUCAGCCGGUUCCCAGGCUGGCUUACCUCCGACGCUGCUGGCUCCCAUCGCUUUCAGAGGAGCUGCAAUGCACACGCUGAAGGCCCGCAGCGUGAAUGUGAAGAGCCAGGUUGGUUCCACCUUCCAGAACAUCAGCAGUCUGGAGGUCACAGGGCCUAUCCUCCCCUCCUCUCUCUACACCAUCACAACCCUCCUUCGGUCUGCACAGAAAGGAAACUUCUCAGCUGCUCUUUACACACACACACCUACUGCUGUCAUGAACACACACACCGCCAAGCAACAGGAUACUGGUGGGUCGGUGGACCUGUCUGGUUGUGGUCUUCAUCCUGCUUCCAUCCAGCAGCUUCAGCAGCCCUCCAGCCUGGGCAAGACCGCUCUGACUCACAUCAGCAUGAACAACUACAGCUACACCUGGAAGAACUGACGUCCUCUGAGUUUAUAAUUCUUUUAAAAUGCAUUUGUAAACACAUUUUAUUGCUUUUAAAUUAGUUUUUAAAGCUGUGCUCUCGUAUAUGAUUGGUUCAUUCUGAAUGUAUUUUUAAUGUAGAUAAAUACAAUCCUAAUUUGCUUUUUUUAAAGUGCAUUUCAAUUACUUCAAAUUUGUAUUUUGGAUACAUUUUUUUUCACUUGACAUUUUUUUCAGUGCAACUUUUAUCAUAUUAAAUUACCGGUGCGUUGUCACAUGUUUUGAGUUUGUAUUCCAGGACUGGAAGGCUGCAGAAAUAAACACAUUCUCUGUGUGAAUUUA